GCCGCGUUCCGCGCCGAGUGGUCUCUGGGUGUGGCGCACGUCAUGGAAGCCCAGGCCCUGGAGAGCCAGCUCCCGGAGGAGGACCUGCUGCUGCACAAGCUCGGUGACAGCCGCCGCCGCUUCCAGAGGCGCAUGCAGCAGCUGAUAGCGAAGUAUGAGCACCCCUUCGAGGACGACCCGGUGGUGGACAUGUCCACGCUGACCUACGAGACGCCCCAGGGACUGAGAAUUUGGGGAGGAAAACUAGUAAAGGAGAUAAACAAAGGACCAAUCCAGGACGCCCCCAGGAAGCAAGGUGAUGACCUCCUCCGUCCCCGUGCGCAGGUCUGGGAAACAGAGUCAGAAAGUAGUGAUGCUGACGAAGCUUCAGCCCAGGGGUACCCGUCUGCCUGCGCCCCAACGCCUGCAGUGCCUCCGAGCCCUUUGAAAGAUGAGUUAAGGAGGAAGUACCUGACCCAAGUGGACAUCCUGCUGCAGGAUUCCGGGUGUUUUGAGGGCCCGGAGAAGGGAGUCAGGAAGGACACGCCUGGGACCCUGGGCCCUCCUGUGGCCUCGCCUGCCGUGCCUGCCCCGGGACCUUCUGGUGAUGACGCUACAGAGAACCUCAGGAGCCCUGUGGAGCCAGCUUCCUCCUCCACCGCAUGGGGGCCCUUGCCCCCUUGCCCAGCAGACAUGGCUGUAGUGCCCAGCAGUGACAGUCUGUCGUUCCUGGGGACCAGCGGGCACAGCUGCUUAAGCAGCCAGUCCUUGGAGGGCGAUGACAUUUGCAAUGUGACGAUCAGUGACCUGUACGCCGGCAUGCUGCACUCAAUGAGUCGGCUGUUGAGCGCAAAGCCGUCGUGUAUCAUCUCCACCAAAACGUUCAUCGUGCAGAACUGGGGCUCCCGGAGGAGGCAUCCCCGGAGAAGCCGGGUGCAGAUGAGCGAGCCGCAUUGCAGAGGGGCCAGGCACUCCCAGCGGCGCGCCAAGGAGAGGUCCCCACCCUACCCAGAGCCCCGGAGGUGGGGGCAGACGUUGAGAGACUGCAAGAACUUACUCCACGUCGCUCACCACCAGACAGGUUUAGAGUUGGAAAAAGUUUUCCUUAAAGAGAACAAACCGCAGCUUCGUAAAUUAGAUCCUAGUUGGAAGGAGCUCCAGGUGACACCCCGGACGCAUUCUUCGUUGCCUUACUUAGACUUCAGCACAGUGCAUCUUGAUUGGGAAAAUCGACUUAGGACAUUAAAAUGGUUAAUUUCACCUGUAAAAAUAGUUUCCCAACCACCGAUGCUGCAGGGCCAUGCAGAGAACCGAUACAGGGAGGUUGAAGACAAAUUUGACCGGCUUUACCGAGAAUGCUGCCUGAGUCCUAGGAAACAUCCUCGAGCAGCCGGACCCUCAGACUCCUGCGCCUUGGACGUGUACAGAGGUGGCCAUGUGAGACCGGGCAGUCCCUGGGGCUCAGAAACCCGCAGGCCAAGAUUUCCUUUCAGCAGAGCGAAAGCUAAGAGCUUAAGUGAGACCUUCGAACACCUGGGCAGGCGAUCGGUCAGAGUGAGUAGCUGCCCCCCAAGGGGGGAUUCCUCUUCCUCACUUUCAAAGUCCCACCCCCCGCCGAGCCCAGGCAGCUCUGCGCUGACACCUGACCUUUUUCAAGGACACAGUUCUGGAACCAUCAGAAAGGGAGUAUCACCCAGCCAAGCUAUUUCGGUGCCAAGGAUAGAACCUGCAAGCUGUCCUAAGAGUCGCUAUGAUGAAGUUAAAGAAAGAUUUGACCAGCUUCACCAGAGGUGCUUCCAGACCUCUCCUCAGCAGGCCAAGCUGCCUGCGCGCGUUGGAGUGUGCGCAGAUAAAGCCAGGGCAGGAGUUCGGUGCCAAACAGGAGGCAGCUUUGGAAGAUUACACCGAGACUUGGGCCUCCAGGGCUUCCAGGGGCUCGUGAGAAGUCCAAGGGGCUCAGCUGCAGUGGAGGCUCACGUGUCUGCAGGCACAGCCACGAGGGACCCUCCGGUCCCUGCAAAGCGACGCAGGCUGUCGGACCCCCAGGUUUAUGGACUCCACCCCAGCGGAGCCAGUCUGCCCUUCGCAGCCCAAGCGGGAAAAGAAGAACAUAUGCUUCAGAAUGGAAGAGAAAAGUGAUUUUUGUUAGAAGAAUUCAAAACUAGACAUGUGUAGCCAGGCUAUUUGGAGCUGUGACUUUCUUCCCUCUUGUUCUCUGCUUUCUGUUUGUAUGUUGUUUGGGUUUUUUCCUCCAGACUCAGUCUUGCUAAGUUGCCCAGGCUAAUCCUCCUCCUCCAUAUCCUCCUGCGUCAGCCUCCGGUGUAACGAGGAUUAGUCGUGAGCCACAGCACCCAGCUGUUCUGUUUUCUUGCUUUACAGUAUUGGUAAUUAGACCCCAGGCCUCAAGCAUGCUAAGCAAGCACUCUACUGAGCUACGCCACUAACCCUUUUUCAAGUAUCAGGACAGUAGCAAUAUAGUUGGCUUAUCCAUCCUUAACACAAAUUUGGGGAAGUUGUCUCCAGCAGAUUGAACUCUGAGUUCGUGUUAUUAACAUUAUGUGAAUAAGAUUGCUUUUUUUUUCAAGACGGGGUCUCACUGUGUAAUUCAGACUGCUUUGAAUUCACUCUGUAGCCCACGCAG